UGAAAGGAAAAGGAGGAAUGUUGUUUGAGUUAUAAAGAGCACGAUUUUACUUUCAGGUCAGUCAGUCCAGCAGUUGCAGCCGUCCUGAAUCCUCCACUUCAUCAUGGGUUCUUCUAGCAGCUCAGACGCUUCAAAUGGAAAAUUCUUUGACAAGAAUGGAAAGGAGGUCAAACCUGGAGACCUGAUUGAGAUCUUCCGUGGUUUGUUUAAGCACUGGGCUGUUUAUGUUGGUGGUGGAAACGUCGUUCACCUCGUACCACCCGGGGGAGUAUCAGGCUCCAUCAGUGGUGGUGAUGUUGGUCUUGUUGGUGAAGGCAAAGUGUGGAAAGAGAAACUGGAGAAGGUGGUGGAGAAGAACAUGUGGAGAGUCAACAAUCUCCUGGAUGAUAAAUACACACCUCGUCCAGCUGAUGAUAUCGUGAAGACUGCCUGUUCACUGGAGGAUACAAAGAAGCAGUACAACCUGGUGAUCUACAACUGUGAACACUUCGCCACUGACAUGCGUUACGGCAAGCCUGAGAGUCGGCAGGUGUGGAACAAAGCAGCAGCAGCAGCAGCAGGAGCAGUAGCAGGAUUAGCAGUAGCAGGACCAGUAGGAGCAGUAGUAGGAGCAGUAGGAGCAGUAGCAGGACCAGUAGGAGCAGCAGUAGGACCAGAAGGAGCAGUAGUAGGACCAGUAGGAUCAGUAGUAGGAGCAGUAGGAGCAGUAGUAGGAGCAGUAGGAGCAGUAGUAGGACCAGUAGGAGCAGUAGUAGGACCAGAAGGAGCAGUAGUAGGACCAGUAGGAUCAGUAGUAGGAGCAGUAGGAGCAGUAGUAGGAGCAGUAGGAGCAGUAGUAGGACCAGUAGGAGCAGUAGUAGGACCAGUAGGAGCAGUAGUAGGACCAGUAGGAGCAGUAGUAGGAGCAGUAGGAGCAGUAGUAGGAGCAGUAGGAGCAGUAGGAGCAGCAGCAGGAGCAGCAGCAGGAGCAGCAGUAGGAGCAAGAGCAAAUGAGCUCGUCAAAUCAGUUGAGCGACUUCAGGCAUUAAAAACUAAGUAAAAGUAACUUGCGUAUCCAUGAUUCUUAUUUCAUAAAGUUUGGUCAAAUCCACAUGACCUAACCUCAGAAAUGAAGGUGUCAGUUCAGACAAGAUAAUCAAUAAUGUUUUUCUCUUCAACUGAGGAGGAGCAUGAUGUUUAUGUCAAAUAAAUCAAAUAUUUCAUAUGAUGUAAACACAAAUAUGAUUGAGGCUGAUCAGAUGAAUCAAUAAUAAAACAAAUACAUUAAAAAAUAA